UCAGCGGGUCAAAUUACAUAAAAUAUCGAAAAACGCCUUCUUCUCCAACAAGUUUCUAAUUCAGAAGUUUCUCGGUUGGUCUAAUAAUAUUGCAAAUUGCAGGCGAGAAUCGUAUAAAAUCGUAUAGAUGUGAUAUUUAGUGCUCUCGCGUACGUGGGUGUAAGUAUACAAUCGAAUACAGUGCGUAUAUACUUCGAUUCAAUCAUCAGUACACAUCAGUGUAUAUAAUAUAUAAUAGUGGCAAUAUAUAUAGUGUGGGGAGUGUGUGUAUAUGUACCCCCGUGGGUCUGGCAAAUUUUGUUGCGGUAAUACAUAACAGUGAGUACCUAUGACAAUUAUGCCGUGGAGGUGGUGCUUGACGUGGACCUUUUAAUACAUAAAAAAGAGGCUGCAGCCAACUCCCCAACGCAGUUACGCGGAUAUUGCAUAUGCGCGAAAAGAAGCCGCCUGUGCCGAGAAGAGAUACGCGAUUCACGCCUCCUCUUCCUCAUCCUCCACCUCCAUCCUCCUGCUGCUGCUCUGCUGCUGCUGUUGCCUGUAUCUUUUGAGAAUCUAAAAAAUGAGUUUCUUUGGAUUCGGACAGUCCGCGGAUAUUGAGAUACUCCUCGAUGGCGCGGAUUCGAGGAAGACCGCGGACAUCAAAACCGAGGACGGGAAGAAAGAGAGGCACCUGCUCUACCUGGACGGGGAGACGGUAUCAGGAAAGAUAAACAUAAGUUUGAGGAAAGCUGGCAAAUUGGAACACCAAGGAGUCAAAGUAGAGUUUAUCGGACAAAUAGAACUGUACUACGACAGAGGCAAUCAUCAUGAGUUUACAAGUUUAGUGAAGGAGCUGGCAAGGCCGGGUGAAUUGACUCACAACACAACGUACGAAUUUGAGUUUGCAAAUGUGGAAAAGCCUUUUGAGAGUUACACAGGCUCGAAUGUUAGACUGCGGUACUUUCUCAAGGUGACAAUCGUCAGGAGAAUCAGUGACAUUGUUAAGGAGCUUGAGCUUGUUGUACAUACCCUUAGUUCCUAUCCAGACAUGAACAAUCCAAUCAAGAUGGAGGUUGGCAUCGAAGACUGCCUGCAUAUAGAAUUUGAGUACAACAAAAGCAAAUAUCACUUGAAAGAUGUGAUUGUUGGAAAAAUUUACUUUUUGUUAGUUAGAAUCAAGAUCAAACACAUGGAAAUAGCAAUUAUCAAAAGAGAAACUACAGGUACUGGGCCGCACACGUUUACGGAAAACGAGACAAUAGCUAAAUACGAAAUAAUGGACGGUGCGCCAGUGAAGGGUGAAUCCAUCCCUAUCAGGGUAUUUCUAGCAGGCUACGAUCUAGCUCCCACAAUGCGGGAUAUCAAUAAGAAAUUUAGCGUCAGAUAUUACCUGAAUUUGGUCCUCAUGGACGAGGAAGACCGACGAUAUUUCAAACAACAGGAAAUAACAUUAUGGCGAAAGGGCGAAAAGAGCAGAAAAUCACAGUCAGUCUCGCCGCAUCUACCGUCGCAUCUGGUAUCAGGAGAAACCGGCUUUCCUCAGUGUGCCCCUCAAAACGGUCCCUCACAGAACGCAAUAUCGGGCCAGCAGUCACAACAAAAUGACAUUAAUCAGUCAAUAGAUAACGAUAACGACAUCACAGCGGAUGACGGUGAGUCGCAACCCCGCGCGCCCAUCGAAGGCAUGACGAGAGAAGAAGGUGAUGGCGAAGGGGACAAGGAUUUGAGUCCAGAGAGCCCAUGAGCGUGAGAAUAAGAAACCUGUUAGGAUGGACAGUUGAUUUUUGUCGUACAUAAAUCAGAUGUGAAUUAUAUGCGCGUCUUCGUGCCUAGGUAGGAGAGUUAUUGAUGGAAUUUUUAAAUAUUUUUAAGUAUUUUUUAUCAAAUGUUUUGUUAUAUUACGCUUUUAAUCAUGUUAAUGUAUUGUUUUAAAAUUGAUUUUUUUUUAUCCAUGUGCGAAAUGUUAUUGUUGUAUGAUUUAUUUAAAUUUCAUAGAAUUAACCAUCGAAACAACUGUCAGUGACUCUUGCAAGCCUGUGUAUGAUUGAUACGUACUGCUAAAUACAUACGAAAAUUUUUUAAUGUUACACAUUUUUUUUUCCUCGACUUUCUUUUUAUGUUUUAAAAGAUCGAAUUUUUCAAUAAACCAAUUUUUGUAUGUACUUAGACGCAAUUUUAUACAACCAUAUAUAAAUAAUUCAUAUAAAAUUUAUGUACAGAUUGUUUACGAUAUUAGAGAAAACACGAUUUUUACAUAGUAUAGCGAUUAACGGGAGCUUCUUUUAUAAGUAAAACAAAAUCAAUUACGAAUACGAGAGUUUUAGCAUUGAUGUAAGUUGUACAUAUUUACGCACGCGUAAGAACUUUUGGAAAUCUUGGAUUUGAAAAAAAAAAAAAAAAAAAAAAAAACCUCUGACCAUCAUGUCUUUCUACCACCUUUAAUUAUACUUUUUUUACAUGGUACGAUAAAUUUUACAAGAAAUAUAUUCGAGAAAAAUAGUAUCAUUUAAAUAACCACUAUUAAAAAAACGAUUCAAGGCGACUGUUUUUACAAAAAAAAAAUCAUAUAAUAUGGAUAUCAAAAAUACGUCCGCUAAAAUACUAAUUUCAACCCUAGAAAUCUUUAUUUGCCAUGACAUUAAAAAAAAAUGAAGAAGGUAACUUCUUCCCAUUCAUUGGGUUUGCAAUUGUAUACAACAUUAACAUAACGACGAUGUUAUCUCGAAUGUAUAAUAACGAUAAAGUAUUUCGUAAAAAUAUUAAAAUAUUCAUCAUACGAAUUUACAGAUUUUUCAAGUAUAAAAUUUGUAUAUAA